UCGGACGGUUUCAGUUCGCGCGACGGAUUAGUGCAAGUGUCUUUUCUCGUAAAUUAACAGAUUCAACUUGGAUAUCCCAGGUGGAGUGUCACCUGCAGUUUUUUUUGUUGCUUCUUUAGUCGGUGAAGGUUACGCGUACGAUCUUUUGUUGUGGGCAGUGUUGUGUGAUCGAUCGACUUCUGCUUGUGGUCAAAAGGAGCGUGUAGCAGCAGCAGCAGCAUCGGAAACUCAACAGUGGACGACCUUGGCUGGAUCGAGAUUUGUGUGUUUUUUUUAUUAAUCACCACAGGAAAGGCCUUUUGUGAGCGAUUGGCUGGCCGGACUUGUUGAAGCAGUUGUGUUUUUUUUGUGGUGUGGAUUUCAUCAGAUGAUUGAAUGACAAUCGACCGGUUCAAAAUGCCUCCAAAGGCUUUCUUCGUGGCAGACGGUUGGCCGCACAAGUUUCUCCUACUCGCUGUAACGUUCCUGAUCUGCGUUCUGGACUGCCACGAAUCGACGGCACAAUAUGUAAAUGUAGCCCAGCGCCGGAUGAUACUCGGACCUUCACCUGUGCACAUGGUCUAUCACCCGAUUCCACUUCCGGUGCGGCCCCGAUAUGCCCGACGUGGUGAUAACGACUAUCUGGCGUACAACAUCCACAAGACGAUCAGCCCCCGGGACAUCAACCGGCAGCUGGUGGACGGUCAAAUGGCCCGGAAGGCAAUGGUCGAUGUGCAGCAAACCAUCGCCGAGGUACAGCGGCUGCUGGCUGCCGAUCCGUCGCUCCCGCGAUUGACCAAGGGAGAAAUCGAGGAGCUGUUCGAAAACGUAACACGCGAAGAACUGGCCAAAUCCCUUCGUGAAGGUGACCACGCCCGUGCCCAGCACAUGCGCGCCCUGAUGCUGGUGCUCCCGUAUCACACCAACAACCUGGCCCAGGAGAACCUCCAGAGCAUCUACACGCUUCCACCGGUGACCCGAGUCGUUCCGGGUGGUGAAGCCACGACUACCACCGAACUUCCACCGGUGACAACAAUGCGACCCGCUCCAUUGUUCCGACCGAAUCCAACGAGUUCCGUUCCGAUAACCACCAUAAGGUUUACGACCCCGAAGGCCACAACGUUUCAUCCAGCACUGCCGAAUGCGAUAAGGGAGGAAACCAAGCCUUCGUCAGGUUUGUUAGAAGAAUCCACGGAAGCGACGGAAGAUCCGGUUCCGUUUACUGAUCCGGUGCCGACGACGACGAUGGCCUCGACUUCUUCGGGCAGUUCUCCAGGAGUCAAUGAGGCGGUCAAUGAGAUACUGUCUUCGCUGGGUUUCGUUGGGGACAUUCCUACCUUUAAGCCGCUCCCGGUUGAGACGACCACCUUAACCACGACGACUACGGAGCGAAAGCCGAGCGAGGAUCCAGGUCAGGGUGAUCCGAAAGUUAGCGAGGAAUUGAGGUCGUUGCUGAGGUCUUUUGGUUUGUUGGGUGAGAAUGAAGAUUCCUUGGGAAUUUCUCCUCUUCCUCCCUUGGAGUUGCCGGAGAAUUUGGAUCAGACUCAGCAGUCUCAGUUAGUUGUUGAUGAAAAGGAACCGGACGUUCCGACUAUGGCCAAACCGGAUAUCAAGCCGGAUGAUUUUGUGGCCUUUAAACCUCUUCCGAGUGAUACGGUUCCGAAAUUGAGUGGGGAUUUGAGUGAGCUGCUGAAGUCGUUUGGCUUGUUGGACGUAACGGGUAGAGAUAAGAAAUCGAUGAAGAAUUCGGAGUCAAGUGUUCAAAGCGUCGAAGACAUGGAUGGAAUGCCGAUGAUCGACAAAGAUUUGGUCAUUCCUCAAAUGAUGCCCAUCCUGGAUACCUUGGGUAUUCCGAUGAUGAAGAAAGAACGCAAUGGAAGAAAGUUCAGUGAUUCCAAGAAAGAUUCCAACGGCAUCGACGAGAAGCCCAAGAGCUCUGGAAAUACGAAGAAAAAGGAGGACAACGAGGACUACCGAAAGCUGGAACAGCUUUGGGAAACCAUCAGGGAGUUGGAGAAACUGAACACAAAUCUAACCGAAGAUAAAUUGGAAGCCUUGGACCUGCGAAACUUCAACCUCAGUGAGUCACUGCUAUCUCAAGGACCCAACCCGCUAGAAAAUUUAGAAGUUACUCGAAUCAACGAGAUCAAAAAGCGACAGGAACCCAGUGGAGACGCCAAAAAAGAGGACUCACCCAUAAGAAUCUCCCUGGACAUAAACGAGACUCCAACAAACUCCUCCGACACGAAGAAUGAUCAACCUCGAUCGGUGGACAUCGUAGACGUGGCUUCAGACGCUGAUCCAACAACAAUAACCCCGUCUUCAAGUACAACAGAAACCUCUAGUAGCAGUAGCAGUAGUAGUGGCAGCAGCACUGAUGACGACGAUGCUGCCUCGGAUUCGGCGGCCCGCUUCACGGCUCUGGAGGAAUCCUUCGGUGGGGGAUCGGUUGAUCCGGUUGCCCAGGAACCGUUGCCGCAGCCUCGGAGAAAUGGGUUCUACUUCCUGGCCGAUUGGAACUCGUUCCUGGAGGUCGGUGAAGAUCCGAACAAAGUGGUCAUCAAUUUCAGGCCGCAGGCCGGCGAUCCCAGUCGGUUUUUGCCCGUGAAUGUGCCGUAAGCUGUUUGAAACAUUGGAGACACACUUUGAAAAGUCGUUGGAGUGUAGAAACAUUUGAGGAGUGUAAUCGGGGUAAGGUGGAAGGUUCAUUGAAAAAAUCGAGCUGGUGUGUGAGAAAUAUUUUAAAUGACAAGUGACAACUAUAAAGUUGGCGGUCGUAGUUUGAAGAAGAUCCUUUAGCAGUAAUCCAAACUUAAGAGGAAUCAUUUGUUUUAAAUUAUAUCUUUAAAGGAUUCUAAAUUUUCAAUCAUGUAUCUAAGACAAACUCUACAUAACUUUUUUUCGUCGUCCAGACCUAUCACGAAUUCAAAAAUGGUAAAAAUAAAUCCAAAUUUUAUUCUUUACCAGGUUUCGAUAGGUUAAAAGAAGGAAUCUGAUGAUCUUAAGGUGGGUUUAGGGAAACUCUAUCUCUGUAAACUUUUUAAUUUAACACAUUUCCUAGUAAAAUGUAAGAAUCAAGCAUUUUUUCCUGUUAGAAAUCAAGUUAGUUUGUGUGCCGUUUCCAUCUGUUAGAAAUCAGAACAAGUUUAGUUUAAAAAAACCCAAAAAAACGCAACAAAAAAAACGAAUCAAUAAUUGCUCAAAUGUUAGAAAUUAAACAAACGUGGAUAGGAACAACACACCAAUUGAUGGUGCUAGAAACAUGUUGCGCAAUCCUGUUGAACAAUUCACAGCAACUACAAUAAAAGCAAAAACCUUUCUGUACAUAGACACGUAACUUAUCUGUAGGAGAGACACAUAUUUAUUUGUACAUUUUGUGCUAGGCGAAUUAGGGUGAUGCAAUAUCAACAAUGUGG